AUGUUUGCCUGUACCGUUUUCCUGCUCGGGUCUGCGCUGUGUGGGGCAGCACAGUCGAUGAUCAUGCUCAUCAUCGCGAGAGCUGUUCAGGGCCUCGGCGGAAGUGGCAUCAUUGCCCUCACCAUGAUCCUCGUCGCAGACAUCGUCCCACUGCGUGAACGCGGCACUUAUCAGGCCUUGAUCGCCCUCAUCUUCUCCAUCGCAGCCGUGCUGGGCCCUUUGCUCGGCGGUGCUUUCGCAGACAAUGUCACUUGGCGCUGGGCUUUCUACAUCAACCUCCCUGUCGGUGCCCUAGCAAUGCUGUUGCUCAUCUUCUUCCUGCACAUGAACCGCCGCAAGAACGUCUCGCUCGCAACCAACCUCAAGUCAAUCGACUACAUUGGCAUCGUCUUGAUGAUCGUCUCCAUCGUCAUGAUCCUCCUGGGCCUUAACUGGGGCGCCGAUGCAAAAUAUGCCUGGGACUCUGCCACCAUCCUGGUCCUGCUCAUCGUCGGUGUUGUCAUUGGCGCAGCUUUUCUCGUCCACGAGUCAAAGUUUGCCAAACGCCCCGUUAUCCCUCUGCGUCUCUUUGGCACGUUCUCGCUUGCGAUCACAUACGCCCAAGUCUUUUUUCAGGGCUUCAUCUUCUUGGGAUUGCUCUUCUUCCUGCCCUUGUAUUUCCAGGCAGUCAAUGGUUCAUCCGCUGUCCAGUCUGGAAUCGAUUUGCUACCCUAUGUCAUCAUUGGUUCCGUCACAGCCAUCAUCGCUGGUCUGUUGAUGAGUCGCUGGGGCACCUAUAAGGAGUUUAUCGUCAUUGGCUGGGUGAUUGGAGCCAUUGCUUCCGGAAUCCUGAUCACGUUUGACGAAUACACAUCUCGCGGCAAGGUUGUCGGUAUUCUACUGCUCCAGGGAAUCAGCAUGGGUAUGACCGUGAACACCCUGCUCCUCGGAGUCCACGCACAACUAGUCAACAAAUCGGAUCUGGCCCAGAGCACCUCCCUUUGGACUUUCUUGAGAACCUUUGGUGGCGUCUUUGGUAUCGCAGUCGGAGGAACGUUUGUGCAGAGCAGCCUCAGCAGUGCCGGUGCCAGCCAGUAUGCGCAAAACAUCAAGGCCAUUGCUGAUCUCCCUCCGGAUGUGAAGGGGCCUGUCCUUCGCGCCUUCGUCGUGGGGCUGCAGCGCUUUUUUAUCCUCUUGACAGCGAUCUCUGUCCUGGGCUUUGUUUUCUCUCUGUUCAUCAAGAAGGUCCAGAUGGGUCCUAAGCACCAUAACGAGAAGCAGGAGAGUUCGGGCUCGCCCCCUCCUAUGGUCGCGGAGUAAGUAAAGAGUGUAUACAAAUGUAUACAUGUCCUUUUUGCUCCACAUCAACGUUUUAGGUUGUACAUACCCUAUUUUUAUUUCAGUCGCAUAAUAAAAAGCAUUCGCAUAGCAUGGCAUGUUUUGAGCACGAAUAUGCACCUCGGCAAAACUCGUUCCCAUUUUGGUCGCGACAGCCUGAAAGUCGGGAUUCGACGUGGAUCCAAAAAGAAGAGAGAGAGAGAGACGGAACGCGUUAU